GUCCGCGUGAAACAGAAUAAUAAUAAUUUUUAACUUUAGCUACCUGUCAGUGAGAGAAAUAGCCAAGGCUAUGCAACAAGUCCCACGUUCACGUCCUACAAAUGUUAAAUUGUAGCGGGUCUAUUUUAUUGUCCUUUAGGUACUACAGAGAUUUGGGGUUCGAAGAAAUGCAGAAUGGGAGAUCAGUCAGGUUUUACUUAUAGAACUACAGGUUCGAUAUUUCUACAACCUGUCAGCAACUUUGUCGGAAUACCUUUGGAACAGGUGAACUUCUUGGGCUGCCAAGUGUUUGCCCUCGCAGCUGCCUUUUGGUUCCGUCUCUACCUCAGCCCCCAGCAUGCCAGUACAGUGGUCCGCCAUGCCAUCGUCACUCUCCUUGGCAUCUCCUUCCUCAUAUUCUGCUUUGGCUGGUAUUCAGUGCACAUUUUUAUCUUGGUGUUCGCUUGCUACUGGAUCAUGCUCAAAAGCAGCAUUCACAACAUCCACAGGUAUUCAAUGAUCGUGGCAAUGGGAUAUCUCACAAUAUGCCAGAUCAGCAGAGUCUUUAUAUUCAGUUAUGUGAUCCUGUCCACAGACUUCUCAGGACCUCUGAUGAUAAUAGCACAGAAGACUACUUGUCUAGCUUUCCAGUUGCACGAUGGUAUGAGUCGAAAGGCCGAUGACCUCACAGCAGAGCAGAGACGACUGGCUGUUCGCUCCAAACCCUCUCUGCUGGAGUACCUCAGCUACCACUUGAACUUUCUGAGUGUCCUCGUGGGCCCCUGCAGUAACUACAAGGACUACAUGGAGUUUAUCGCAGGAAGGCACAUUCAGAGCAAGCUGAAAGAGUCAGGCUACUCUGGGCCAGAGCCCUCACCUGUGGGGGCUGUCAUCCACAAAUUACUCAUCUGUGCCAUUUGUCUCUUCCUGUUCAUGACGGUCACCAAAACCUUCCCCAUCACCUACAACACUGACGUUGAGUUCAUCAGUCACGCCUCUUUCCUUACUCGACUGGCAUAUUCCUUCUUUUCUAUACAAGCUGCAAGACCCAAGUUUUAUUUUGCAUGGACAUUUGCUGAUGCCAUCAACAAUGCCGCUGGUUACGGCCUCAGGACUGUUGAUAGAAACGGCCAGGCUUCCUGGGACCUUGUUUCCAACUUGAAUAUCUGGGAUAUUGAGACUGCAACAAGUUUCAAGAUGUUCAUUGACAACUGGAAUAUCCAGACAGGUCUCUGGCUCAAGCGUGUGUGCUAUGACCGGGCACCCCGUUACCGGACUGCGCUGACGUUUGUGCUCUCUGCACUCUGGCAUGGCGUUUACCCUGGAUACUACUUCACCUUCCUCACCGCCAUCCCCAUCACCUUUGCAGCCCGAACUGUGCGGAAGAGCUUUCGCCAGCACUUUCUGUCCUCUGCAGUCAUGCAGUUUAGCUAUGAUGUGCUUACCUGGUUAGCCACUCAGUUGGCAAUCUGUUACACUGUGAUGCCCUUUCUGCUGCUGGCAGUGGAGCCCACCAUGCAGUAUUACAGGUCAAUGUACUUCCACUUCCACAUCAUGAGUGUUCUGGCUGCAGUCAUUCUGCCCUUAAAAUCGACUCACCCGUACCAGGCUAACCACUCCAACAACAACCUUCAGGGGAAGUGAUAUCUGCUGCAUUGAUUGGUGCAGGGGACAGCAGCCUCUGCCAGACAGAGGCCGCUCUGUGCAUCUAUAACAAAGAGCAUUGUGCAGGACUGGGCGCAAGGCCCUGAACUGGAGAAGCAUGCAGAAUUCCUGUCCUGCUUGCAGGAUGCUACUUCCCACAGAAGCCUGAGAGGAACUGAACUGAAGCAGGUAGUCCAGUGAUUCUUUCAGUGUAAAUUAAGAAUAUUUGCUUGAUCUAGGUGAAAUGCCAGAUGUGCAAAACCAAAGCAGUUUUUGCUGCAGGGAGUGAUUUUUUUACUGAUUUUUUUCACUUUUCAUGUUGAAAAAAAGUGGGUACUGGGGAAAUUUAAUUUAAGAACAAAAAAUUGAGUAUACUUUUGAAUAACUGUGUGUCUAUGUUAUUUAUUUAUUAUUUAUAUAUAUACAAAAAUAGGAUGCACUAUUUUCCAAUCCAGGAAAAAAAAAUAUUCAUAUAUAAUCAAUUAUUGUAUAAUAUAAUCAAUUAUUUAUAAAAAAUAAAUCCGGCCUUUUAAAGGAAAUAAACAGGUGUUGAUGCGAGAGCAGAUGGCUCUGUGGAACCAUCUUUAAAAGGAAAUAUUUUGUUAAGGUACUCUGAAAUGAUUGGCAA